AUCAGCCGUGUGUAAUGCCAGGAAGUCCAGACAGUUUGCUUUUGCCACCAAAUCUAUUCAAUGGAUGAGGAACUGGUACGUGCGAACGCUUUACUGCGCCUUGGUCACUUUUUGUAACUUUUACAACUUUUAGUUGUCGGUCGUGGUAUUUUAACUGGUUAUAAAGUUGUUCAAUUGUGUUUCUUUCGAGCGAAACUGGACGAGACGCUGACUUGAGCUGUGGUCAGUGUAUGGCUAUUUUCCCAACCCUCCCAGUUUGAAAUCAAUAAUCGCGUUUCUGACAUUUUGAGUCUGACAUGGCAGGUUUAACACUACAGCACCUGCCUGCGGGCCGGUUGGACGGGGACAUCCUGGACCCGGAGUUCCAGCAGCGGCUGGAAGACGCACGCACCCUGCUGAGGCAGGAGAUCCAGCGGGAGCUGAAGAUCAAGGAGGCGGCCGAGAGGCUGCGGCGGGCUGUUACUAACCGUAAGAGCGCCGCCGAAGUGGAGGGCCAGCUGAGGGCGUCGAGCCGCAAGCUGGAGCAACUGCACUGGGAGCUGCAGGAGCUCAACACCCGUGCCAUCACCCCCAAGCCCCAGAAGGACAGCCCCACAGCAGAUGGCAGCACGUCGCCUGACCCAUGUCGCUGGGAGGAGGUGACAUCCCCGCUUGCCGGGCGCAUCUGUGCCCUGAAGAAACAGCUCACCAUGGAGACCAAGGUGAAGCAGGGGGCCGAGAACAUCAUCCAGACUUACGUCAGCAGCUCCGUCAAGGACCGUAAGAUGCUGUCCAUGGCCCAGCAGAUGCUUCAGGACAGCCGCACCAAGAUUGAGCUGCUCCGCAUGCAGAUUGUCAAAGUCACCCAAGCUAGAGAGGGGGAGCGGGAAGCCACAGAGACAGACGGCCGUCCCUCUGAGACUAUCAGUCCUCUAGAGCUGCGGGUGGCUGAGCUACGGCAUCACCUGAAGAUCGAGGCUGCCGUGGCAGAGGGGGCCAAGAAUGUGGUCAAGCACCUGGGCGGGCGCAAGGUGCAGGACCGCCGCGCACUGGCAGAGGCCCAGACAAGGUUGCAGGAGUCGAGCCAGAAGCUGGACCUGCUGCGUCUGUCUCUGGAGCGCCGUCUAGCCGAGCUGCCCGGGGACCACCCCAAACUGUCUGUUAUCAAGGAGGAGCUCACACUGGGUGCCUCCUCGCCCUCCCUGGGUCUGCAGCUGGAGCGCCUCAACUCCACCUCUUCCUGUUCGUCGUCCUCCUUCUUCAAACCUGCCACUCUCACAGGUCGGUUGGAGGUGCGUCUGAUGGGCUGCCAGGACCUGCAGGAGUCAGUGCCAGGUCGGUGCCGCAUGGCCUGCAUCACCUCCACCCCCGGCAGCCCCUCCGAAGCCAAGUCCCUGAAGAUGAGGGCCGGUCUCUCCGGACGCAGCACCAAUGGCAAAAUCACCAAGACCGAUGAGCUCUCCACGGAGAUCAUUGCGGUGCUGAAGGUGGACAACAGGAUGGUGGGCCGGACACACUGGAGAGCCCUGAGCAAGGACGCCUGGGACCAGAGCUUCAGCAUCGAGCUGGAGCGGUCCAGGGAGUUGGAGAUUGGGGUGUACUGGCGGGACUGGAGGGCUCUGUGUGGGGUCAAGUUCCUACGUCUAGAGGACUUCCUGGACAACCAGCGCCACGGCAUGUGUCUUUACCUGGAACCCCAGGGCAUGCUGUUCGCUGAGGUGACAUUCAUCAAUCCUGUCAUUGAGUGGCAUCCUAAACUUCAGAGACAGAAGCGCAUAUUCCCUAAAGAAAAAGGGAAGAAUUUCCUGCGGGCGGCCCAGAUGAACAUGAACUUUGCCACGUGGGGGCGUCUGAUGAUGAGUGUCCUGCCCCCCUGCAAUGGUUCCUUGCAGUCCAUGAGCCCCCCACUGGUGGGCUCUGACAUGGCCAUCACCUCGCCCCCCUCCAUGGAGAAGAUGGCCAAGUCCACCCCCCCUCUAAGAGAUUCUGCUGUGGUGAAAUUGGACUUCAGUGAGGAACGCCCCAACAAUUCCCUGCAGAACAAUGUGGGGAAAACUCUCGCAUCAGAAUCCAUGUGGCAAACCACUCUCUCUCAGUCCUCCAAAGGUCAUUCAACAGAGGAUAACAGGCCAACGCCCAAGCCAAAGACUAUAUCUCAGCCUACUCCUAAGAGGGAAGUGAAUGGUGGGAUGCAAAUGGAAGAUUUCAACUGCGUCUCGGUUCUGGGGCGAGGACACUUUGGAAAGGUCUUGCUGGCAGAGUUCAAGAGGUCAGGCAAACUGUAUGCCAUCAAAGCCUUGAAGAAAGGGGACGUCGUGAUGCGUGAUGAAGUGGACAGUCUAAUGUGUGAGAAGAGGAUCUUCGAGACGAUCAACUCCUCCCACCAUCCCUUCCUGGUGAAUCUGCACGGCUGUUUCCAGACGGCGGACCACGUGUGCUUUGUGAUGGAUUACUCCCCCGGGGGAGACCUCAUGACCCACAUACACACCAGCAUCUUCACUGAGAGACAGGCUCAGUUCUAUGCCUCCUGCGUGCUGCUGGGACUAGAGUUUCUGCACCAGAACAAGAUAGUUUACCGUGAUCUGAAGCUAGACAACCUGUUGAUGGACGCAGAUGGUUAUGUGAGGAUAGCAGACUUUGGAUUGUGCAAGGAAGGUAUGGGUCAUGGAGACCGCACCUCCACGUUCUGCGGCACACCAGAGUUCCUAGCCCCUGAGGUGCUGACAGACAACAACUAUACCCGCUGUGUGGACUGGUGGGGCCUGGGUGUCCUCAUCUACGAGAUGCUGGUGGGAGAGUCUCCCUUCCCUGGUGACGAUGAGGAGGAGGUGUUUGACAGCAUAGUGAAUGAUGAGGUGCGCUACCCCAGGUUCCUCUCUCCAGAGUCUGUCUCCAUCACCCAGAAGCUUCUACAAAAGAACCCUGAGAGAAGGCUAGGAUCAGGAGAGCCGGAUGCCAACGAGGUCAAGAAACACAGGUUCUUCCAGGGAGUGGACUGGGCGGCCUUGCUUCACAAAAAAGUGGUUCCUCCGUUCUUCCCGCGCAUCAGGACGCCGGGGGACGUCAGUAACUUUGACGAGGAGUUCACAAAGCUCAAGCCAGUCCUCACCCCCCCACAGACACCCUACUUUCUCACUGCAGACCAACAGGAGAUCUUUGCCGAUUUUUGACUUUUCCUCUCUGCACUGACCUUUUUAAACAUACACUGGCGGAUGGACAGACCGGACUGAAAGCCAAAACGGUUGCUGCUCCACUGAAGAUGUUUCCUUUACUUCAUUGUGUCAAACGGCUACCUGUGGCUGAAUGAGUACUGACGACACAGGCUAUCGUGAUGUCCUCUUGGGUAGCCAUCUUAUCUUCAGGUCCAUUACUGUUCAUAUGCUCUGUGGGUGAUGAGAACUCCACCUGUACCUCUACAGCCAAUCAGAACUGGGAGCCCGGCCUGCCUUGUUCAAAUCUGGAUUGGUAUGUCGGGGUCUCUGUGUUGGUGUUCGACAUUGACUUUUAUUACAACUGUACUUGUCUUUUUUCUUUUUUCCUUUAAGAGGUUCCCACUCCAUAUUGAUAGUAUAUCAACUAGGUUCGACAUUGAUAUUGCCAAAUCAAUACUUGACAUGCCACUGUUUUGGUGCUAUGUCAACAAUAAUCAAUAGGCCAUAUUGUUGCACUUUUUUGUAUUCAUUUGUGAAACUGAACAAGAGUACUUUGUUUCAAAAAUUGCACCAAUGCAAUAAUGAGUUUUUUAAUUGGUUCUAAUUAUAAGGUUAUGCAUGACCUGCACCUCCUAACACUACACUCCAUUCGUAAGAAUCUUUGCUGUAAAUGAAGAUAGAAAAAUAUAUUUAUUGUAAACCCACUGCUGUUUUGGAUCUUACACUGAUUGUAGCGACUGAUGUUUGUAUGUUUAGCCUGGGAAUCCAAACUGAAUCGCCAUUCGUUCCUAGGCUAGUGUAUGUUAAUGGAGGAAACGGUCCCUGAAGCUGUUUAAAAAGUGUAUUGUGCUACUUUGAAAUCAACCUAUUCCAUGGGUCCAUCUUGGGCUGGUUUAGGCCAUUGAAUGUCAUGUUGAAACUGACAUCAUCCUGAAGUAUCUUUCUAAAAAAAAUAGUAAUUGUAAGUAAACUUUUUGGAAGGAUUAUAGUUUAAGUAUUCCUAGGGAGUCAUUUUCAUUCCAUUCCAGUAAUGAGUAUAUUGCCAUUUAUAUAUUGUAUUUCAUAUGAAUAUACAUGCGUUAUUACUAAAAUAUAUAUGCUGUGAAUUACAAUGAGAAAGAUGCUGUGUCUAGAGAUGAAACAAGUACGUUUUUCUUUACAAUGCAUGAAGGAAAUGUAAAUUAAUAAAUAUAUCUACUGGA